AUGGACACCAUAUCGCCGCAUAUCCCGCUGUCGCUCAUUGCAGGAUUGACGCUCUACCCUGCCCUUUUUAGCACACUCCGACGCCAACGAUGGGUCCGGGAUUUUUUACCACUCAAGGCAGACCAGCAAAAAUACUACCACCUCUGCAACAAGAUGGUCGCCUCGACUCAUUCCACCAUCAUGACCAUCACCGGAAUCUACCUACUCUCGACCGUUGACUGGACCAAGAACGAUAUCUCGACCUACAAGACCCAAAUAACGCCCUUCCUGGUCGGACUUGAGCUCGGCUAUUUGACCCAGGACACCGUUUUUGAGUUUUACCAACGGGCGGCGUUUGGCGUGGGCAGCAACCUGAUUCUAUUCCACCAUGUGGCCGUCAUCCUGGGAUCGGCCUACUACCUCUACGCGCUGACGCUGACCAACCCGGGGCCGUACUUUAUCGGGAUGCUGUCGCUGAUGAACAUGAGCACGCCUAUCCUUCAUUUCCGGUGGGCACUCCAAAGCAAAGGGCGAACGUUUUUCAACUCGAAACUGAAGCGGUUUGUCGACACGGCGUUGAUGGUGACCUAUUUCUGGUGCAGGAUCUUUGGCAACUGGUGGAUGGGGUAUGCGAUUGGAGCCAAGUUGGGGGUGGCAUGGUAUGAGGCCCCGUGGUUGAUUGGCAAGAAGUUCACAAUUACGACGACGACCAUGUUCUUUAUGAACGUUGUGUGGUGGGUGAUUCUUGCCAAGCAGUGGGUCAGGUCUGUCAAAGUCUUUUACCUUUCCAAGACACCCUCUCUCUCCUCUUCGCCGGCAGCAGCCAAGGUCCGUUCUUCCAAGAAGGAAGAGUAG